GGAAGUCCUACCCUCCCCGGCUCCGCUGUGUCCUCCCUCUCUCGCUCGCUCGCUCGGCCGCCUUCUUCCCAAGCGGCGACGACAGGGGAGUGGCGUCGCCCUUGCCAGUUCUUCGUCGGACGCUUCGCCGGCCGACAAGUGUACAUGUGUAACCCAUGUCCUAUACUGGGUCCGCCCCUGUGAUCCAUCCACCUGCUUUCUUGUUGUUCAGCGCGCACAAGAUCGGUCGGUCUCGGUUGACACCAAUAGGGCUUUAAAUUGAAACCGAGGAGUGUUCAUUUUUCCAAUGUCCAAAAGAAGCCUCCCUUCUUGGAUGGGUUCUUCUAAAGAUGGAGAGGACGAUUCAGGCAAGAAGAAACAUGCAGGCACCUCCCAGAAGGCUCAGAAAGGGCCUGAUUUCUCCAAACUUUUGGAUGGGGUCGUCUUUGUGCUGUCAGGGUUUGUGAAUCCGGAGAGGGGCACGCUGCGGUCACAAGCAUUGGAUAUGGGGGCGGAGUAUCGACCCGAUUGGACAUCAGAUUGCACCCUUCUUGUUUGUGCAUUUGCUAACACCCCCAAAUUUCGACAAGUUCAGGCGGAUAAUGGAACCAUUAUCUCAAAGGAUUGGAUCUCUGAAUCUCACAAGCAAAGAAAACUUGUGGACAUUGAACCUUACCUUAUGCAUGCUGGAAGGCCAUGGCGAAAAAAUAAGGAGCCAGUUGAAUCUGAUCAAGAUCAGAAGGAGAUGCACAAAGAGCAUAGAAAGCAAGUUCAACGGUCUCACGUCAAGUCAUCCACCUCUGCAACCACAGAGGCAGGAUAUUCAGACUCUGGAAACAAACACUUUUCUCCCUCAAAAAUAAAACAAUGGGCAGUAGAUGAUUUGACGCAGACUGUGUCAUGGUUGGAGAGCCAAGAAGAGAAGCCAGAGCAAAGUGAACUGAAGGCAAUAGCUGCUGAAGGGGUUAUUACUUGUCUGCAAGAUGCCAUAGAAUCCCUCGAGCAAGGCAAUGAUAUCAAAGGAGUGGCGGAGCAGUGGAGCUUCGUCCCCCAUGUUGUCAACGAACUGUUGAAACUGGAUGGAAGCAGAAUAGAUGCAUCUGUGCCUAAAGAAAAGCUCUCACAACUAGCAAUCAAAUGUAAGAAGAUUUAUCAGGCAGAGUUUGCUCGCAUGUUCAGUGACGACAAGAAGGGGACGAAGGGCCAGAGCAGCUCUCCUGUAACCAAGCAUCGCAGGAAGACUAAGUCGGAUGAUGAUCACUACAACAGCGACGACACGAUAGAAAUGACAGAGGAAGAGAUUGAUCUGGCGUGCAGACAGCUCCCUAGGGUAUGCGGAUGAUACUAGCUAGGUUAGUAGAGGCGUGCGUGUCCCACUGUCCCCUUAAAACUGAAGAGGAAGAAUGCUGGAUGGCCAUCUCCAAUCUUUUCCUGAUGCCAAAUAAACCGUAUGAGAAUUCGGUU